GAACAGGUAUUUCAAAACCGACACUUUGGACGAUAACUUUACAAUUCGUUUUGGAGGUACAUACAUGUGGAAUGUCAAAGUGAAUAGGCUCUGGGGAUCGAACUACUUCAUUCAAGAUUUCUCACAAAUCAACAAAGAACUUCAUCUCAUAUCAGGUGAUGUAAUCGUUUUUGAGUUGGUUGCGAUACGUAUUUUCAACAUUCUGGUUUUCCGUCCUAAUGGAAUAUAGUUUGUUGUUCCCGAGGUUGCCAAUAGUGUUGGUGUUGAAGAAGAGGAAGACACAUAACAAAUGGAUGUUAGUGAAGAUUUGUUAUUAGACGACGAAAAUCAAGACAUGGAAGAUGACAUUGUAGACGUUGAACAUGAUGUGCCAGUCAUUGUAGCGGAUCCUGUGUUGGAACCAGACUUUGUUGACGUUCCACAUAUUCCGGCCAUUGUUCAUCAAGCCAACCAAUACGAACUAACAUGGUGUCCAUCAUUUCGUUUUCGGUUCCCAAAGGCAUUUGCAGCAAAUGUAGAUAUGUCUGUCCUUGAUGAGAUGGUAGUUCAAACUGAAGACGGGUUUUCAAUGACACUAGAGAUCCGGCAAGAAACGGCACGUUGGAAAAUGUUGCAGGCUGGGUUGGAAAAUGGAGCUCAGUUUUUGCUGCGAUAUUAUAGGGAUCAAAACAUGUUGGAAUUCUUAAUCCGAACCCCUAGGUGAUGUAUCUAUGGACAGAUAGCGUCAGAAGUAAACAACUAAUAUCGUUACCAAGCAUGUCGUAUGUGUGGUAACAGUUUUGGAACAAUUAUUACUAUAUAUGUUUUGUUUACAAAAACUUAAUGUGUAACGAAUAUUAUGUCGAUGUACUUUUGGGACGUG